AUGUGGAGUUGUGCCUCCGCUAUCAAUGAUGAUAAGCAUUUGAUCUUGAAUCUAAGCAAUUCAUGUCCCUAUGGCCGUAUUCCGUCAAGUCUCAGGCGAAAGCUCCGAUUUACCCUGGGCAUUUUGGUCUUUUCACGUCUUCUUCUUCAUUCCAUCGUCGCCGACGUCAGCUUCACCUCCGAUGAUGAGUUGUUGACCCCAAACGUCACUCUCCGGCGAGUCAUCCAGUCGUGGUGCACCCUCCACGCCUCCCACGGCGUCGAGCGCUUCCCCACCCCAAAGCCUCCGGUGACCAAGUCUCACAUCCUAAAGCUCCUCCGGCAAGCCAAGUCGACGCCAGAAAUGCAUUACCAAGUUGUCCAAAUCUUGCGAGACAAUUUCUCCUGCAAGGCUUCCAAAUCCGCGCUGCACCUAUUGGCCAACGUUUGCCAGAGAGGGAGGAACCGGAUCAAGGCGGCGGAGGCCGGGGCGGCGACCGUGCUGAUCGAUCUACUGCUGGACACGAACGAGAAACGAUAUUGUGAGUGGAGUUUGAGCGUACUGGAGCAUCUUUGCCGGUGCGCGGAGGGGCGGGCAGAGCUGCUGAAGCACGCGGCGGGGCUGGCGGUGGUGUCGAGAAAAAUCCUGAGGGUGUCGCAGGUGGCGAAUGAGAGAGGUCUGAGGAUCUUGUACUUCAUCGCCAAGUUCUCUGCUACUCCCAGUGUGGUGCAAGAGAUGUUGCAGCUGGGAGUGGGGGCGAAGCUAUGUUUGGUUAUACAAGUGGAUUGUGGGGUUGGGAAGAACAAGGAGAGAGCUGCUGAGAUUCUUAAAUUGCAUGCUAAGGAAUGGAAAAAAAAUAUUUUUAUGCUUGUAAAGAAUUACUCCGUAUUCAGCUUCUCUGCUAUGUUGAGUGACAAUGAUAACUUCAUGCAACACCUACAAUGUAUGCAUUCCAUGAAUCCUGUUGUUGGAAGCUAG